AUGGCUGUGAACCCACUGGACCUCUGGAACCGUUGGGCCAUCCAGAUCCUACUGCUCUUCAGCCUCAGCCUGCAUGUCCUCCUCCUACCUCUUGCCGGAAUCCGGCGACGCAGGGCCUCCAUGUUCCUGAGGGUCCCUCUGUGGCUGGCAUACCACCUCGCUGACACGAUAGGCAUCUAUGCAAUUGGACUCCUCUCCCUGAGCAGCGCGCUGCGCGACCAUCGGCUCAUGCCAUUCUGGGCACCCUUCCUUCUCCUACACCGCGGCGGCCCGGACAGCAUCGCCGCCUACGCGUUCCAUGACAACCAGCUCUGGCUGCGCCACCUCCAAGUUUUCAUCGUCAAGGUGCUAGCAGCAACGUACAUCCUCUACAAGCAUCUCCCUCGAGAUGACACCUUCCUCAUCCUAGCCGCCUUGUUGAUGUGGGUGGUCGGCAUCGGCAAGUAUGCAGAGAGGGUUGUGGCAAUCAGGGGCGGUACCAUGAGCAACAUCCGAAACUCUCUCAAGAAGCAACCAAUCGCUAGGCAUCAUCAUCACUUCCAUGAUUGGGAUCAAGGACUAGUGAAGAAAACCAUCAACGAAGAUGAAGCGUAUUUGCGCCGGGCUCAUUACAUGUUCCACAUAUGCAAGCGUGCAACGGUGGAUUCUUGGCUGGAGAAAGAUCCCGAGCACAACACCUUUGAGAUGCUCAGGGCUCUUAGGAAGGAAGGCUCCAAGGGCAUGUGGGCAUUCGCGGAGAUGGAGCUCUCCCUGUUGUACGACAUCCUCUACACCAAGGCUGCCGUGAUCCACACUUGGCCUGGUUACUUCAUCCGUUUCGCCUCAUCCGCCGCCAUUGCUGCCUCGUCUCUGCUCUUCCAUUUCAGUGGCAGGGAUGAUCACAAGGUAGAUGUUGCCGUCACGUACGCCUUGCUUGCUGGGGCAUUCCUUAUGGAGGCAGCAUCCCUGCUGAACGCCCUAGGAUCCUCAUGGGCAUAUGCAUUCUUGUGCACCACACGAUGGAGCUGGCUCCAGUACGCAGCCCUAUGUACCGGAAGGUGGGACCGGCUUCGACACAUUGUCAAGGCUACCAAGAGAAUGGUUGGCAGCAACCAGUCAGGUAGGAGGUGGUCCGGCGAAAUGGGGCAGUACAACAUGUUACACUACUGCAGUCGCCGCGAGAGGGCCUAUAAACCCCUUUUGGGCAGAUUUGCCGCGAUGUUGGGAUUCGAGGAGUGGUGGAAUAGGAAGCAUUACUCUGCAACAGUUGACAUUUCUGAUAGCCUGAAGCAGGGGUUGUUUGAGUACAUACACAGAUUAACAGAGACGGGUUUGAAUUCACAGGGUGUAAUCAGGAAGAGCUGGGGUCAAGACGCACUUGAGAGGGAGGACCGGGACUUGUAUGAGCGUAUCAAGAAUGAAAGAAACCUCGGCGUUGAGUUCCAAGAGGGAGUCAUAAUAUGGCACAUCGGCACAGACAUCUUCCUAGCCAAAAGCAGCAGAGAUGCCGGCGACGACGACACAGCUGAUCUGGUGAAGGGUAUAAGGAUGCUGUCCAAUUACAUGAUGUUCCUCCUCAUUGACCACCCUAAAAUGCUCCCUGGCCUUGCCCAGAACAUGCUGUACCGGCGAACCUGCGAAAAUCUAUCAGACAGGUGCAAGAACCAUGGCCAUCCAAGAACUGGAAAUGUUGGUGCAGUGCUCAAGGAAAUAUUCCGCCUGAAUGAUGGCCCUACUGUCACUGAACUGAGCCACAUAAAUGAGCUCGCAAACGCCGUGUACAAGGAGAGGCCGAAAUACAGCCACACUGUUCCUCGCCUCUGUUAUGCUAAUGAAGUUGCUAAAGAACUACUUGACAGAGAGAAGGACAAAGGCAGCAGGGCCGUGUUGAAUUUGGUCCUUGAUGUCUGGAUGGAUUUCCUAGUGUACGCAGCCAAUCGAUGCAGCAGGGAAUCCCACGCCAAGAUGCUCAGCAGCGGCGGUGAGUUGACGAGCGUUGUCUGGAUUAUGACAGACUUCCUCAACCAAGAAGCCUACGCUCGUCACAGGGAUUGA